AGCCGAACCGAACCUCUCCGUCACUCCGCCCCCACCGGGACGGGGCCCGCGAGAGGGAGGCGGACCAGCAUCCAGCACAGAGCCGAUCCGAACCGGACCGCGCAGCUUGUCCAUGAGCCCGAAGCUGUCCACGCCGUACUCAGUCACAGACAUCCUGAGCCCGAUGGAGGAGGCGUACCGCCGGUUCGGAGGGAUGGAGCCCGGCCCGCUGGGGGCCUACCGGCAGCCUGGGACCCAGAUGCAGAACCAGAACCACCUGUACCACCACCACCAUCAUCACCUGCCCACUCCCUCCUCUUCCUCAGCUCUGGGCCCCGGACCCGCCUACCACACUCCCCCCGGGGUACCGCAGUUCUCCGGGGCCGCGGCGGGGUUCGGCGGCGGCGGGGAGCUGCUCCCGGAGCCGGGGCGGAGCGGAGGGCCCGCCGCCUGGUACGGCGGCCCGGAGCCCCGCUACCAGAGCAGUGAGUCCGGCCCGAACCGCUCCUUGAUUUAUUUAAAGUGCGAAAAACUGGUUCUAUGUCCAUUUUUAACUCAGUCUCUCCCAGUCUCCAGGCUGAUGGCCGCCCCGAGCGCGGUGAGCCUCCCCGGGAUGGUGGGCGGCCUGGCCGGGAUGGAGCCCGGCUCCAAGCCGGUGCUGUCGCUCCACGCCGCGCCGCGCCGCAAGCGGCGGGUCCUUUUUUCCCAGGCGCAGGUGUUCGAGCUGGAGCGGCGCUUCAAGCAGCAGAAGUACCUGUCCGGCCCGGAGCGGGAACACCUGGCCGGCCUCAUACACCUCAGCCCGAACCAGGUCAAGAUCUGGUUCCAGAACCACCGCUACAAGCUGAAGCGGCAGGCCAAGGACAAGGCCGCCCAGCAGCAGCAGGAGGCCGGCGGCCAUAGCGCGGCCUCCCGCCGCUCCUCCGCCGGGUCCCCGCUCCUCUCCAAGGCAGAUAGGAGCCGCCGGGGCGAACCGAGCCACACCGGGACCCGCCAGGCCGGCUCUGCUGACGCGGUAGCCAACCAGAACCAGAGCCAGCGGUCCUCCCCGGAGCAGCCGGAGGAUCUGUGCGCCAGCCCGCCGCUCGGCCUGCAGCCGCACAUCAACCUGACGCAGACGGACGCGGCGCUCAUCGAGUACACCAGCAGCAUGCUCGGAUCCAAUUUACUGUACGGCCGAACCUGGUAGAACCGGGAAAACUGGAGAACAUUCCCGACACAGGACCGCAAGAGGGAAAAUGAUCCAGUUUUUAUUUCCGCGUGUAAAACCUCGGUUCCUUUAUGCAGAGACUCGACUUCCAGCGGGAUGGAGGAGAAAUAAAACCGAACAGGACCAGAACCAGAACUUCCUCCUGGAUUUAAGGGAAUAUUCCUCAGAGUUCCGGUUCACUAGUCCAGUCUGCUGAUAACGCUGAUUCCAAAACUGAAGUGGAAAUGAAAGCCGGUUCUGUUCAGGCAUGACUGUUUCCUUUUUAAAAACGGAAUAUUUCAUGUAAAAAAAUGGAUUUUUAUUCUAUUUAAAAUUAUUUC